AUGGCGCGAAGAAACUCAUUCGAAGAGGCGUCUGUCGCUUUCCGACAGCAUCUACACGACCUUAGCACACCCCGUUUCACAACAGCCGCGAAGCAGACUGUCUACGAGUACGCGAAAGAUAUGCAAGACAACCGCGCACCACCGUGGUUGUAUGAUCUAACAAAAGUGUGGGAAAAGCUACUCGCAGAGCCUUACAAAGGAGUAACCAAUGAUGGAAAGAUAAGAGAAGGCUUGUUCGAGGCGAGAGAUGAGGGCUUCGAUACAGAAAGCGUAGUGAAUCAGGUAGAUGCGUUGUUAAGCGGUCUGAACGAGGAACAGAAGAAACAACUGUCUUACCCGAUUAAUGCAAGAGAAUGGCGAGCGUGGAGUAACCCUGAGUUUCUAUUACGGCCUUUUGGGCUGAGACUUGAGGAGAUCCCUGAGCCAACUGCAAAGUCAGUGCUGAAGGUAGUAGAAGCCUCGCUCUCACCAGAAGGCUACAAGAAAGCUUUGUCGGCCAUGCGCAUCAACCACUUCCUUGGCGAGGUUGUCAAGCUUCCCAAUAUCAUGAACAAAUACUCGUACAACUUUCUCAUUUUCGGCACACCUUCUUCAUCGCCAUCAUCACCGUGGGGUUGGCUGAUCUACGGUCAUCAUCUGGAUAUUGCUUGUUUCUUCAAGGGGUCUCAGAUCAUUCUCAGCCCCUCUUUUACCGGCGCAGAACCCAAUAUCAUCGAUGACGGAGAGUGGAAAGGCACCGAGAUCCUACACAAAGAAGGAAACCUGGGGCUGAAAUUGAUGCAAAGCUUGAAGCCGGAACAACAGAAGACCGCCCAGAUCUUCAAGAACUUGCGAGACGAAGGGAUGAAGCAGGUCUACGGAAACUCCAAUAACGACGAAUCGAAACGUGACGAGCUCAUCACUGACACAUGGGGGCCCGACGAUCAGCGCCACCGAUGCGGUGCAUUCCGCGACAACCGUAUUGUACCGUACGAAGGUCUGCUAGUAUCGGACUUCACAUCCGAGCAGCAGCAACUCGUCCUCGACAUCUGCAACGAGUUCCUCCUAUAUCACCCGACCAAGUCCAGGCGGUUGAAGCUCGAGCAAGUCAAGAAACACUUUAGCGAAACAUACUUCUGCUGGAUCGGUGGCUACGGCGACGAUGAUGCUUUCUACUUCCGUGUGCAGAGCCCAGUGAUCCUAGUCGAGUUUGAUCAUCACUCUGGUGUAUUUCUGGCGAACAAGGAACCGGCGAAGUUUCAUACGCACACAAUUCUGCGGACACCAAAUGCGGGAGAUUAUGGACAGGCUAUCAGGGAGGGUGAACAGAGGUUGCAGUAA